AAAGAAUGGAGCCCGUGGACACGUAUCAUUAUCGUUCACUUAAAAGAGCCGGCUCUUUGAACCGGCUCGUUCUUGACCAACACAUCAGUAGUUAGCUAACGCGGGCUUGCCUGUAGCCUGUUAUGGAAGCAGAAGAAGGAGCUCCACGGAGGGGCUGUCUGAUGAACCGGGACUGGCUGGGACUAGUUCUGAGGCGUGAUUUGGGAAGAUAACGCUCCAUACCGGAAGCCCGGGGGAACGUCUUCCUGAACUGACAACACAAACACCACAGAGAGAGAGAGAGAGAGGUGAAAUCACGGGACAGCCACAGUUACAACAGUACAACAUGGAGCUGACAGCUGCGGAGCGUCCGGUAAUCACCCGCCGCCGUCGUCGAGUGUAGCUCUGCCGCUGCUCUGCCGCAGCUGAACCUCCACGGCAGCACCUCCGGCUGGAGCCGCGGGAAGCUUUGUUCGCGUUUUUUUUUUUUUCAUGGGACACAACCGGGCUUCCCCACCGCUUUGUCGUUGUUUCACCGCCGUGACAGCAUCCCCCACGGAGGUGCCCGCGUCUCAUGGACUCCUAACAGUAGUUUUUUGGGCUUUUUUUUCUCUCUGACGGUUCGGUGCCUCUCUCCGGCGGCGGCGGACGCGGCAGUCAAUCAUGUUCGCCGUGCGGAUCGUCACCGCGGACUUCUACCUGGCGAGUCCCGUUAAAGACCUGGACGUCUGCUACUCUGAGUUCAGGGAGAGCGGCGUGAAGAAGGUGCCGGUGGUGCGGAUAUUUGGAGCAACACCUGCAGGCCAGAAAACGUGUCUCCACCUCCAUGGCGUGUUCCCCUACAUCUACGUACCAUACGAUGGCUACGGGCAACAACCGGAGCGCCACCUGCGGCAGGUGGCCUUCAGCAUCGACAGGGCCCUCAACGUUGCCAUGGGAAACCCCGCCUCCAACGCCCAGCAUGUCUUCAAGGUGGUGCUGGUCUCUGGCAUGCCUUUCUAUGGCUACCACGCUAAGGAGAAGCACUUUAUGAAGAUCUAUCUGUACAAUCCUCAGAUGGUCAAACGGGUGUGUGAGCUGUUACAAAGCGGAGCGGUGAUGAACAAGAGUUACCAGCCCCACGAGGGCCACAUCCCCUACCUGCUGCAGCUCUUCAUAGACUACAAUUUGUACGGCAUGAACCUGCUUAACUUGGGAGCUGUCAAGUUCCGCAGGGCCCAGAACAAAGAAGACGCAGCAGUGAACCCAGACAGGCCAACUCCCAGCAGUCGUCCCAGCAUCAGCCCCUGGAAGAGCCCCUGCACCUCCAAGCUCAACGACAGCACCCUGGGGGGCACGUUUGUCCGCUGGGAGGAGAACGCCAUACCCUGCUCCCUGGUCCUGGAUGAGGUGGAGAAGCAGAGCACCUGUGAGCUGGAGGUCGAUGCUGUGGCUGUAGACGUCCUCAACCGCCUGGAAAUCGAAAAUCAGAUUGGCAGGAACCCGGGCCUGCAGGCCAUCUGGGAGGACGAGAAGCAGAGGAGGAGAGAGAAGAACCAGACUUCCCAGAUAGAAACCCCCGAGUCACAAGAUCAUGGGUUUGUCACUUCAACGGAGAGCGAGAAAAUCUUCAUGAAGAGGCUCAAGGAGAUCCUGAAGGAGAACGAGUUUGACGUGACACAAGGUUCGUCUGUCAGCGACGGGGAGGACCAAGAGGAUCUUCUUGCUGAAAUGACUCUCCAUUCUGACCCCCUGACCCCUGAGGGACUGCCGUGUACUCCCGCUAACGCUGUGGAGGUGCACAGGCUCUCACAGCCAGACUCUGUGAGGAGCGGUGAUAAAGUCCCAGAGGAGGCAGUCGUUGAUGAGGAGGCCAUCUUGAGUCUCCUGGAGAACAGUCAGACCUUCCUCCCGCUCUCCCAGACAUCCAACCACUCUCCCCUGUUAGACAGCAGCCAAGACCAAGCCAUGAUUGAUUUGCUGGCAGGACUGGAGAACGAUGGUUUCUGCAGGACCCCCGUCAGGCAGAACUCCCAGUCCCAGUCCCUUCCCGGUGCCAGGAGCUACCACUGCAACAGUGACGAGGAGGAGGAAGGGCCAGAGCUGGACAAGGUAGAGGCCGAGCUCAGCGAGCUAAUGUCACAGCGGUGGGACAACGAGCCUCCUGACAGCUCUCCCUUACCAAGGCCCGGUGUGAAGGAGCAAGAGGACUGCUUCAGUGACGAGCAGCAGGAGUCCUCUGACGAAGACAUGGAGUGGAGCGGGAACAACUCUCUGUUCGCCAACCUGUCCAUCCCCCAGCUAGACGGGGCCGCGGACGAGAGCAGCGAUUCAUCCUUAACGGACAGCGGCUCCAGGACCCAGUCUUCUGUCAUAGUCACAGAGAAGAUGCUCGGGAGUAGGAAUCCCUUCUCUGGGGAGACGGUUCACCUGGAGCCACCUUCCUCAGCGAAGAUCCUUCUUGAGUGCAAGCACGCCGAGCACAGGCCGGUUCAUGUGCUGGACACGGAGCAACCGCUCGACAAGCACUUUCAAUCAAAAAGCAGCCAGGACAGCAGUAGUGAAUGUUCAACAGGGUUCAAGUUUAAUAAAGAAAUCCCUUACAUCCCGCCAGUCAAACAUCCCAUCCCCUGCAAGAUACCCAAUCACCCUGAGGUGUCUCCCAUCUGCGUAGACAAACAGGACAUACGACCCCUGUACACCUAUGACAAGAAAACCUCCAUAGCUUUGGAUAAGACAGACCUAGAAAGUUUCCCAUUUGGUAACGGAAAGGUCACCAAAAACGGGAAGAAGUACGGCAGCAUAAAGAAUGUAGAAACGAACUGUCUGUCCAUUCUUCAGAACCACAGGACCUUCUCUCUCUGUUACUCAGAGCUGAGAAACUGCUCAGCAAAGACAGAGCUGGAACUAAGCCAGAAGGACAGUAAAAGCCCCAUCCUGAGGACCAUCUCCUCAGCCCCGUCACCCAUGGCGGAGGACGAGUUUCUUGAUCCUCAGGAGGAAGAAAUGGGCCAGGACAGUGAGGAGGGAGAUGUUGGUGAACUCAAAAUCAGGUACGAGGACUAUCAGGAAAACAAGACCGAGAGGACUAUAGUGGCCCAGCAGGAAGCACACUACAAGUUCUUCCCCAGUGUCAUCCUCUCCAACUGCCUCAGUAGGAAGAAAGCUGGGAGCAAAAAGCUGGCUGAUCCCUGCAGCAAGCUUGAACAGGCCCAGCCUCGCAGAUCUAGGCUAAAAGUGUAUAAAAAAAGGUUGGGAAUGGCGGGACAGAGGAACAAAUUAAACAUAGAUGAAAGCUCUACCUCUGAUAGCCAGGUUAGCACUGGCCUCACCUCAACCCCACCUGCUUGUCCAGUGACAUCAGACACAGAGAGUCUUAGUGGUCCGGUUUUGGAGGACAAGUCAAUAGAAGAGGCUGAGCCAAUUGAAGAUGUGCCAAUCAUAGAGGGAGAGCCAGUCACACAGGAGGAAUCAGAAAGUGAGAAGAGUUCUGUAAAUGAACAGACAGAACAACUUUCAGAGCCCCCUGCCACCACCGUCUCCGAUCUUUCUGAAGAGGCUAAAGACUCAGCAGAGGAUAGGUUAAGCCCAUUACACGAUUUAUCAGCUAAGGUCACAUGUACUAAACCUUCAGCACUGCCUGGUAGUAAAUACACCCUGAGGGCCAAACGGAAGAUGCUCUAUGACGGCGAGGAUGGAGAAUACUCAGGUGCCGCUCGUUCUAAAAAUCCAGCCUCCGUCAAAGAACGGUUCAAGGACACCAGUAUCCCCAGUGGGCAGGAAGUAAAAUACCAGAAACGGCGCAAGAAGGAACCCCCUAUCAUCAUCAAGUACAUUAUUAUCAACAGGUUCAAAGGACAGAAAAACAUGCUGGUAAAGAUGUCCAAAGUGAGUGCAGAGGAGCAGUUGGUGGUGCUGACGCCAGACAAGAUAGAGCAGUACAAUAAACUAGCCCCUCUUAGGGAAUUCUGGCCCAAGGUGCCAGAAUCCACUGCCGUCAAGUUUCCCAUCGCUGAGCCAAAGGCCAAGAAACAGCCCAAAAGAAAGGUAAAGAUCAACGCCACAAAUAAGAAAACAGUCAGCAACUCCCCCAAACCUCGGGUCAGACGGGGUGAACGGGUCAAAAGGACUAAAGGCUGUCAGAGAGGCCCAAUUCUACCCUCUCUACCGCCCCCUCGGCCAUGUUACUGUGAGCUAGUAGAUGACCAUGACAUUGAGUAUACUGAUGUCAUGGUAGAGUUGGGCUACCUCUCUGAUAGAUCCCCAAGCCCUACAUACUCAACACCCCCUCGUUGUUGGUCCCCAAGCGACCCUCUCAUGGACACUGGGAGUUCGGAACAGCUGAUGAACCCACUCAGUGACCCAUGUCUUAGUUCUGCUUUUCACAAGCCACUUGCGGUGUCUUCAACCAAAGGAGCACAAAAGAAGAGUCAAACUGCCAAACCUAAGAAAUCCACAAACACUAGAAGGAAAGUAAGCAAGUCUGUUACUAAGCCUCAGGAGGAAAAGGAACCCAAAAAAGAGAAAUCAAGACAAAGGAGUGGUGCUGCUCCAAAGCAGAGGAAGAAAGCUAAAGAUACAGCAGAAGGAGGCACCGUCAACAGUUCUACAACCCCCACAAGACCUAGAAAAUCUCGCAAAAAGAAGACUGAGGAACCCAAAAGCCAUGACUCAAAUAAAGACAAGUCCCAGCUCCUGUUCCCAGAAGAUGAGCUACCUCCUUCCGAGAGUUCCUCUCAAGACGUCCCUCCAUUUCAGCAGCCAGCGAGCACAGAUGGCAACAGCCAGGGCAGUUCCCAGCCAGCAUCUGUAUCAGAUUCUAACUCAGUAGCCCGGUCUAUAGAACCAAAGGUUGAGGACUGUGAGACUUCCAUCAUGGAGGUCAACCAAAGCUUUUCAGCACCGGCUCAGCUGAAGCAGCAAGGUUGCCAGACUGCUGUGGUAAAGGCUGAGGCUUCACAAGAGGAGUGCAAGGCUCCUCCACCUCCUCUGGCUGGUAGACCCUUACUGAAAGACAUUAAAGACUCCCAUUCCUCCCCACACUCAGGCCCUAAGAACGGGCAGAUCCCCACUCUCUCUGAGACCCCCUCUGGCUUGGCUGUCCUCAAGCAGCUUCUCCAGAAGAGGCGAGAGGGACAGGCUCUUCCUCUACAAGUGGUCGGUAAAGACAGCCACUCCACUGCCAUAGCUCAGGCCACAGCACUACUAGAUCCCACAACUAAACCAGGGAAAUCCAGAAGAGCUCCCUCCGCCACUCCACGAAAACCCAGGGCCCCAAAAUCUGCCACUCCCAAGGAUAAAAAGCCCAGAAUCAGGAAAGGCAAGGCAAGUAGCACUCAGCCAGAUCUAUCAGUGAAGCAGGAGGGCAACUUGUCUGACGACUGCCCCAUCUUUCUGUCAGACCCAGGCCUGGACAGCUGCAACUUCAUUGAGGACAGCUUGUCCCCAGAGCUCCCACACAACUAUACCUUUGAUAUAAAUGCUAUUGAUCAGACUGAGUUCUCCAGCCCAUAUAGCGGCAGUCAGUUUGUCCUGACUGAUAAAAAUUUACCAGUUAAGUUCCUGAGUGAUGUCAGCCAGGAAGCUGUAUCUGCUCAGGCGCUGGGCUUUGAGAGGAAGCCUGAUAGGCUAUUUGAUUCUGGGGAGGAGCUUCAAAAGGGCUCUGACUGGCACAAAGCAAGGCCCGUCAGCCCCGACCUCUUUGAUAGAACCGAGAACGGGGAGUCGGUAUCAAAUCACCUCACAUUCCUCGACUCAGAGAAAAUGAAGAGCAGAGAGUGGGACUUCUCUUUAGGUAAAGCCCAUACACUCAGCCCCUUUCAAGACUUUCACUGUGAGAGAAAAGAGCUGCUCUUUUCCGUCUUCGACCCCGUUCUACCUUUGCCUUUAAGCUCUGCAUCAUUUGUCGACCACGAGGGCUCCCCGACAGGGGAUCUCCUGGAGGGCAUUGAUGGACUGACGUCCACCACGCCCAGUAGCUCUCCACGCUCCAUCAGCUCGCUAUCCCAGGUGAGGGCAAGCCAGCCGCUGCGGGGAACAGGAGGUGGAGCCCACGUCCUCAAGCCCCUGAUGUCCCCUCCAAGCCGGGAGGAGAUCCUCAGCACUCUGCUGGACCUGGAGAUGUCGGAGGCCACCUUCCAGGAACCCUUCUGCAGCAACCCCUCUGAUGCACCAGGGAAACCAAUGGAGGUUGGCGGCCGUAAGUUAACGGUGCGUACCAGGCUGACUAAGGAGCUGGCGGAGUUCAGCGGAGACCUGUGUUUGGACGGCCUCCAUUUCUGGAAGACGGCGUUCUCGGCCAUGACGCACCCUGCCAUCAGUAUUUACUCCUCUUCCCUAGCCCAGGGAGCUCCGGCCUCAGAGGCGAGUAAAGAGCAGGCCGAGCUCGACCCGUCCUCAGCCGGUGACAAGAAGGUCGUCCUUCUGCCCUGCAAAAACCCACCAAGCAGAGAGCGUGUGCAGCUGUGGCUGGAAGCCAGGAAACAGUAUGAGAGUUUACAAAAAGGGCUGCUGAAGAAGGGGAGGGUUGGGCUGGAUGCGGAGGGGAACCCGGAGCAGCCAGCUGGGAGCAGCUGUCCAGCAGUGAAGGUUGAGCUGAGCGAGAAACUCUCCAGUAUCAGGACCCAGAGGAGAAAGAAAUGGAACCUGUCCUUAAUCAUACCUCCCGUGAAGAAUACCGGCUCUCACUGUAAACCCACAGAGUUGAGUCCCGUUUCAGAUGAAGACCGUGUGGAUAUUGAGCAGCAGGGCGGAGAAAGUCAUGAUGAUAAAAGCACCUCUCCAGAGUCCCCAGAGCUGCCUCCCUGGCAGCAGUCCUGUCAGCCCAGCCCCGUAGGGCUCAGCCAAAAUAGGCAAAGUGAAAACCCUCCAGAACCGCUGUCACUUCGGCUCUCCAACUCCCCGGAGAGACUAGGGGAGAGACUCAGCCCUUCGCCCCUCCGUGUCAGUGACAGGGAAGAGGGGAGGACUAGUCCCCACCUCUUUCACAGCACCCCCUUUUUAAGGAGGAGGCGGAGAAGCAAGGAAGAUCUAGAGCCAGUGUGCAGCACGCCCAUAUCUGAGGAGGAUCCCAUUUCUCAGAGAAUCCAGCAAAGGAGGAGAAGCCAAACGGACCCACUGAGAAGAGUGUUACUGACCACACAGAUGAAGAACCAGUUUGCUGCUUUGAAUGUGCCAAAGAAAGAGAACUCUCAGAUCGAAGGGCCAAGCAUAGCCAACUCGUACGGCUUCAAGAUCAGCAUGCAGAACCUGCAGGAUGCCAAAGCUCUGCAUGAGGUCCAGCACCUAACACUGAUGGGCAUGGAGCUCCAUGCAAGAACCCGACGUGACCUCGAGCCUGACCCCGAGUUCGACCCCAUAUGUGCCUUAUUCUACUGCCUCAGUUCUGAUGCUCCCCUGCCAGAUGUGGACAGCACCCAGCUGUCAGGCGCCAUCGUGGUGGACAAAGACCAUCAAAGUUGUGAUCAAGCAGGUCACAGAGGAGCAGCGCCCCUGCUGGUCAGGUCGGGCGUCUCUGGGCUGCAGGUGACUUACGCCACCGAUGAGAAGAUGCUGUUUCAGGAGCUCAUCACCAUCAUGAGGAGGUUUGACCCAGACAUCCUGGUGGGGUAUGAGGCGCAGAUGCGAUCCUGGGGCUACCUCCUCCAGCGGGCUGCAGCGCUCGGAGGGGACCUGUGUCAGCAGCUGUCACGAGUGCCAGGUGACUCCAGAGAGAACCGCUUCGCUGCAGACAGGGAUGAAUACGGAGCCGACCACAUGACUGAGAUCAACAUCAUCGGACGCAUCACCCUCAACCUGUGGAGGGUGAUGAAGACUGAGGCGACGUUGAACAACUACAGUUUUGAGAACGUGGCGUUCCAUGUCCUCCACCAGCGCUUCCCCCUGUACAGCCCCCGCACGCUGUCCGACUGGUUCGACCACAAAACCCACCUCUACAGGUGGAAGAUGGUGGACCACUACGUGAGUCGCGUGCGCGCCACCAUGCAGCUCCUUCAGCAGCACGACAUCAUCGGCAGAACCAGCGAGCUGGCCAGAUUGUUCGGGAUUCAGUUCUUUCACGUUCUGACCCGAGGCUCUCAGUACCGCGUUGAGUCCAUGAUGCUGCGUGUGGCCAAGCCGUUGAACUACAUCCCCGUGACCCCCAACGUCCAGCAGCGAGCCCAGCAGAGGGCCCCGCAGUGCAUCCCUCUGGUGAUGGAGCCCGAGUCGCGCUUCUACAGCAACUCGGUGGUUGUACUGGACUUCCAGUCUCUCUACCCCUCCAUCGUCAUCGCGUACAACUACUGCUACUCCACCUGCCUGGGCCACGUGGACAGCCUGGGAACGUCUGAUGAGUUCAAGUUCGGCUGCACCUCCCUGCGGGUCCCUCCUGAGGUCCUCUACCAGCUCCGCAAUGACAUCACCGUGUCACCCAACGGCAUCGCCUUCAUCAAGUCGUCGGUGCGUAAAGGGGUGCUGCCCAGCAUGCUGGAGGAGAUCCUGACCACGAGGAUCAUGGUGAAGCAGUCGAUGAAGGCUUACAAGCAGGACAAGGCCCUGAUGAGGCUGCUGGACGCCCGGCAGCUCGGACUCAAACUCAUCGCCAACGUCACCUUCGGCUACACCGCCGCCAGCUACUCUGGACGCAUGCCCAGCGUGGAGGUCGGAGACAGUAUCGUCCACAAAGCCAGAGAGACCCUGGAGAGAGCCAUCAAGAUGGUCAACGACACUAAGAAGUGGGGAGCGCGUGUCGUGUACGGAGACACCGACAGCAUGUUUGUGUUGCUGAAGGGAGCCACCAAAGAGCAGGCCUUCAAGAUCGGCAACGAGAUCGCCGAGGCCGUGACCGCAACCAACCCCAAACCUGUCAAGCUCAAGUUUGAGAAGGUGUACCUGCCCUGCGUGUUGCAGACAAAGAAGCGCUAUGUGGGCUACAUGUACGAGAGCCUUGACCAAAAAGAGCCCGUGUUUGACGCCAAAGGGAUCGAGACAGUGCGCCGCGACGGCUGCCCCGCUGUUUCCAAGAUUCUGCAGCGUUCCAUCAAGCUGCUGUUUGAGACUCGGGACAUCAGCCAGGUGAAGCAGUUUGUGCAGCAUCAAUGCGUGAAGGUUCUGGACGGCCGGGCCAGUAUGCAGGACCUGACCUUCGCCAAGGAGUACCGGGGAAGCGGUUCGUACCGGCCCGGAGCCUGCGUGCCCGCCUUGGAGCUCACCAGGCGUAUGAUGGCGUACGACCGUCGCCUGGAGCCCCGCGUGGGCGAACGGGUGCCCUACGUGAUCGUGUACGGGAUGCCUGGCCUGCCACUUAUCCAGCUGGUGCGUCGGCCCAUGGAGGUGCUGCAGGACCCGGGCCUCCGCCUCAACGCCACGUACUACAUCACCAAGCAGAUCCUGCCGCCGCUGGCCCGCAUGUUCCAGCUGAUCGGAGUGGACGUGUUCAGCUGGUACCAGGAGCUGCCCAGGAUCCAGAAGGCGUCCUGCUCCUCGGCGGCGGGCGGAGAGGAGUCUGGGAGGAAGGGCACCAUCUCCCAGUACUUCACCACGCUCCACUGCCCUGUGUGUGACGAGCUGACCCAGCUGGGCGUGUGCUCGCGGUGCCGCGCCGAGCCCCAACGAGUCGCCGUCACUCUCUACCAGGACAUGAGGCAGUGGGAGAGUCAGCAGGACCAGCUGCUGAAGAUGUGUAGGAACUGUAGCGGCUGUGCAGAGCGCCAGGUGCCCUGCGUGUCUCUGGACUGUCCCGUCCUCUACAAGCUGUCCCGGGUCAACAGACAGCUCUCCAAGGCCCCCUACCUCCGACAGCUGCUGGAGCAGUUCUGAUUGGCUCCUGAACCCCCCGGAGCUCCUCGCUGAUUUGGUGCUAACCGCUGCCGCCUCCCAACUCCCAAUUCCCAACCCCUAACCCCCAUCUCAGUGUUUGAUUGUCCACUCAGUUGUAAUAGUUUCAAUGGUGCUUCGAUUGAACCCUGCGGGGUUUUUCACUCUGUCUUGUAACUGUUAGUAUUUCUCUGCGUGUGCAGACCGUCUGGUUGGAGCCUCCUGUGGGGAGCGCUGUGUGUGUCCUCAUGCUUGUUUGCUGCCAUCUCCAUUAGCUGCUAUGGGCCGAGUGAAGCCGGUGUCCGCGGUGACGCGGCGACGGACUGCCUGUCAUGGAAUGAGAGAGCAGUCCAAUCAAGAGUGACUUGUUGUAUCUUGUUUGCGCUGUAGCAGUUUGAAGUCAUCGGUUGUUAAGGAGCUCCUUACAAAUCUCAAGACAAACUACAUUCAAACCACUAAUUGACUUUUCUUCAUUUUUAUAUCGACCGCAGUCUUUCUGUAAAUAGUUCUUGUACAGAUCCAUCUAUAAUCUCACUGUGCAUUAGCAUUAAAAAAGAAAAAACUAAAACUCCGGCCAUGAAUGCAAUCCAAUCUGUUAAAGGAUGCCAUGUUUCUUUUCACCUUGAUUGUAUUGAUGUUCAUUUUGGCAGAUUUGACACGUCACACUCUAUCUACAGAGUGUGGGAACUGGAAACUACUUCAGUUUUACGAAAUCUGGGACUGUUGCAAUACUGUAUUUUGAUAAUUUAUGUCAUGAAGAGUCUAUCGUUUCCUUGUGCAUAUAUGGUUUUGUGUACGUUUCCAAUUUUCUGUGCAAAGCAAAUCAUGUCAAGAUCCAACCUUCAACUCUCCAUCCAGCCGUACACAGGACCUGUGUAUUUGUAUAAAUGUAAAAAAACAAAAAAAGUAAUGAAGGAGGUGUUUUUUUGUUUGUUUUUAAUGGACAUUGCUGUGGGUGGAGGUUUGAGAUUGAUAUAAUAAAAAGUCAAUGUAUUAAAAUGA